AUGUGCGCCAAGUUUGGUCCGGAUCGGUUGAGAAAUGGAAUUUUCUAUUCGGAACAUACGGCGGAGCCGGGUUCCUCAUCAGCCAAGAGCAGCCAAAAGCCACCACAACACUGUAAGCGCUAUCAAGGUUGGAUUCAAUAUCCAAGUGCAACGACAGGCAGCUUCAUUACAUGCUCCGUGCCGGACUUUGUCAAGUGUGGUAGAGUAGAGCAAGGAAUUCAAGUCGAUACUUUUAUAAAGGACAUAUGGAUUCGAAUGAGGCACUGCAAUCAUAUAAGCAACCAAGCGUCAGCAGUGGCAGACAGUCGGACAUGUAUAAAACAACCCAAUCAAACGUUGUUGAGUGGCCUUCCCACCAUUUGGAGUCUCGCGUACGACCACAAUCAGAAGAAUAGCCAACCUGCUCUCAACGGCAACCGAAUGAAAGUGUUCACGGACCACUGGAGGAAAUUGAGAUUACGAGGUAUUAUAGUUGCCGCUUCAACCGUUAUCAGGGAGAUGUUUGCGGAAGCGGCCACUACUAGACAUGGUCGAUUUCAGGAAGAGCGGCAGCGAAAGAAAGCUGAACAAAUGGCAUUCAAUAGACGUAAUGAACCUGAAGAUAAGCGUAAGAAGCGGUUAGCGGCCCAGGCCGAAAGAUCCAGGUUGAGAAGAAUGAAAGAGACCGAAGAGCGGAGACUGGAACGCCUCGCGAAUGAUACAGAAAGACGUAAAUUAAGAAGAUCAACCGAAACGGAAGAACAGCGAUCAUUGCGCUUGCGUUCAUUGGCAGAUGUUAGGAGAAAACAACGUGCACAAAACAACAACUUGCUCAAACAACAUCAUAGCAGUCAAGAAGAAUUUGGUGCAAACUCAAGAGAAGCUCUGGAAGAAAAUGUUAUGGGCAAUCCUUCUGAUGUUGCGCGUAAUGAUGCAUUUGUUGCCUUCUCUACCCAAGAAGCAACACCUGAGGCUGAUCCGCUGCAGCACUCGGGCACCCGUGAUGCAUUUUCUGGCCAACGAUCAAUGAUAAACUUUAAGGAUUUGAUAAGCCAGAGACUCAAUACUUCCGAAGACGAGUUUCAACACAACGCAUCUGUACCUUAUUUGGAUGAGAGUGCUUCCAGACCUUUGCCUUCCACGUCUGCCUACGUACCUUUGAAAGAUCUAACAAUACAGCCUUUACAUGAUGAAUACGUACUACUCACUCCUGAUCCUGCUUUGAGAGUAGUACAUUUUAAUGGAGCAAUUGAGAACAACCUAAAUGCUUUGCCUCCUCAAAGCCUACCGCCCUUCAGUCACUCUCAUGUGGAACAUCACUCAAAUAUUCCAUUCACCGUCUUACCAAGCACAUCCACGGAGCUGUCUCCGACCCAGGUAUGCUGA